AUUGCAUAGUGAAGUUUACAGAGCGUCGACGGACUUUCAGCGAGUUCACUGUUUGCUUUUAGAGCAAGCAAGGAAGAUUGCUCUAGGAAGAACACGUGCGCUAUCACUGCUGUAAAGCGAUAAACAUAUCUACUAUUCCCAACUGCUUUUCUACAGCAUAUUAUACAUGCAAAUACAUCGAAGUCGCAAGUUUUCUUGAAAAAGAAAACAAGACAAUUGAACUACCUUGAUUUUUGGUUGUAAUUGCAGCGGCAUCUAUAGGAGUGAGAUGGAUGUUAUUCCUAUGUGCAGCAUCUUUCAGGAGCUCCAGAUAGUACAUGACACCGGAUACUUUUCAGCUUUACCAUCUCUUGAGGAGUACUGGCAGCAGACAUGUCUGGAGUUGGAGCGGUACCUCCAGAGCGAGCCCUACGUCUCGGCCACAGACAUCAAGUUUGAGACGAGUCAAGAGGAUCUCUGGAGCAAACUGAUCCUGGCCUGUGGGGACAAGGCCGAGUCCGACCCAAAGAUCCACACUCACAUUAAGGAGGAGGACAAUCAAGAGGCCAACAGCUUUAACUCCGACGCCAGCAGUGAGGCGUCCGACAGCUCCGAGGAGCUCUCCCCUCCCCUCGACUUCACCUCCAACCCACUGAGUGACAUUAUGGGAGAGGGAGAGGACCUGAGUUCCAUGGUUAUCAGCACUCCGCCAUCUUCUCCUGAGGUGAACAAGGAGGCCCCCUCCAUAUCCUCCCAGGUGUGGAGCGGUAUACAGACAGUGAUGCACUCGCCUGGGAAAAUACGGACAGGGAGCAUUGGUGGACGAACAGUGGAGAGGGGAGGCUUAGCCAAUGGGGAGGCUUCUCCAGACGGGAGGAGGCGGGUCCACAGGUGUCAUUUUAACGGAUGCCGAAAGGUUUACACAAAAAGUUCCCACUUGAAAGCACACCAGCGUACACAUACAGGUGAGAAGCCUUACAGGUGCUCAUGGGAAGGCUGCGAGUGGCGUUUUGCACGGAGUGAUGAGCUAACCAGACACUUCAGGAAGCACACUGGGGCAAAGCCAUUUAAAUGCAGUCACUGUGACAGGUGUUUCUCUCGUUCGGACCAUUUGGCGCUUCACAUGAAGAGACACAUCUAAGCGGUGGGCCCCAGGGCAGAGGAGAGCAGAGCGGUGUUGAGCGAUGGUCCUGACUGUCUCCUAACCUGUCUGUGGGGAGGCUGCAGUGCCCUGAGAGGGGAGGAAGGCGAGCAAGGGGAGCGUGCUCUAGUGAAAAGCAUGCAGGCCAUUUUUGCACCAUACUUAGUGCCUCCAAGACCUCUCAGAGGAAAGAGCUCUGAAAGGUCGACACAUUCUGAAGAAUAUCACGAAAACCACCAUGGAUGAAGGAGAAUUAAGAAAUUCACUAGAGAGAGAAGAAAGAAAAUGUCUGAGAGGACAAGAAAGAACGUUUUUUUCUCUGUAUGGUGUCUGAUGCUUUGCGGAGUUAGUUCCUGGUUUGAAAAUAUGCAGUGGUACUACUCCAAUAAACGUGUUGUUUUCUGUGAGCAUGUGGACUGACUGACUGUGAGCCUGCUGUCAGACUGCCUGUGACUGGGUGCCUGUCUCAGAAUGCCUGUGACUGGGUGCCUGUCUCAGAAUGCCUGUGACUGGGUGCCUGUCUCAGAAUGCCUGUCACUGGGUGCCUGUCUAAGAAUGCCUGUGACUGGGUGCCUGUCCAAGAAUGCCUGUGACUGGGUGCCUGUCUCAGAAUGCCUGUGACUGGGUGCCUGUCUAAGAAUGCCUGUGACUGGGUGCCUGUCUCAGAAUGCGUGUGACUGGGUGCCUGUCUCAGAAUGCCUGUGACUGGGUGCCUGUCUAAGAAUGCCUGUGACUGGGUGCCUGUCUAAGAAUGCCUGUGACUGGGUGCCUGUCUAAGAAUGCCUGUGACUGGGUGCCUGUCUAAGAAUGCCUGUGACUGGGUGCCUGCCUGUGGAUGUACGACUCCUGAGUGGAUGGCUUGUGUUGUGACCUGAAUGGCAUUGAGGGGAUGAUGAGUUUUUGACUGAGGUUUUAUUGUCUUGUUGUCAUGAAUGAAUGCAAGCAAAGGAGUUGUUGUGCUCUUGUGUGGAGCGUUGGUUGAGUCUAGGCUGGGUUUGGCAGUGUGUGUGCGUCCCAGCCGUCAGUUUUGAGGUUUGAGAGAGAGCACCACCAUCCGAACUGAGGUGGUACAUGCUCCUAAACGAGGUUUGGGGAGGGGAGGGGGGUUGAUGUUUGGUGCAGCUAUUAAAUGUGCAAUGUAUUAAGUAGCUUGUCUCAAAGUACAUGCUACAAAGCUAAUUUGUUGUCCAUUGUGUAAGCUCAGUAUCUAAAGGCUGUACACAACAUUGAUAUAUCAUUAUACCAGAAGUUGCAUGAUCUUGGGUUUGUUUGUCACUCGAUUAGGCCUACUUAUAACACAGGCAAAUCCCAAUAAUGAGCAGCUAUGCAUCCAUUUUACUCCGUAGAUACCACAGUAUUGUACAGAAACAUAAAGCAGUGAUGUAUUUGUUUCCUUCUUUUCUUUUCUAUGUUUGGAGAUACCACUAUUGCUUGGCAACUGUGUUGAUCAUGGGAUAGUUUUAUUUAUAUUCAGUUUAAUAACGCAUUUCUUUAUUUUGGUCCUCUUGCUCUUCUCUUUUUCUAUAUCUGUAAAUACACUGUGACCUUAAUGAUGCCUUAUGUAAGUGGCCUUGUCCAGAUAAAUAGAUCACUCACGGGGGGGUUAAAUGCGGUAGUGUGUGAUUGAAUAGCUUUAUUAAGGCUCCGAUUCAUAUGGUUGCACCUUUUACCCUUUGUCUAGAAAUGAUGGUUGGUCUGAAGACUCUUGAAUAAAAGUUAAGCUUUAUACUUA